AACCAACAUAAUGCUGAAGCUCCCGGUUUGGAACAAGUAUUUCAUAGAAUGGCACAAACAGAACCUAAUCUGGACCAUGACGUAUCAUGGUUCAUCCUUCCGUCAUACUGGGCUAAAAUGGUUGUGGCAGUAAUAUCCUUCCUCUGUUUCGCUAACAGCUAUGAUGGAGAUUUUGUCUUUGAUGAUUCUGAAGCCAUCAUCAAUAACAAGGACCUCAGGGCAGAAACCCCGCUUGGUGACCUGUGGCAUCAUGACUUUUGGGGUAGCAAACUCAGCAGCAAUACCAGUCAUAAGUCAUAUCGACCACUAACUGUCCUAACUUUCAGAAUUAAUUACCUUUUUGCUGGAGGCUUCUACCCAGUUGGUUUCCAUGUCAUCAAUAUAAUACUGCAUUGUAUUAUCUCAGUGUUGAUGGUUGAUGUGUUCUCAAUAUUACUGGGUGGACUGCAGUUCAGUAAUAAAGGAAGAAGGCUAAACCUGGCUCCAAAGACAUCUCUUCUAGCUGCUUUACUGUUUGCUGUACAUCCAGUGCACACCGAAUGCGUUGCCGGAAUUGUUGGCAGAGCAGACCUUCUGUGUGCACUGUUCUUUUUGUUGUCAUUUCUUGGCUACUGUAAAGCAUUUAGAGAAAAUAAGGAAGGGCAUCAUUUUUCUAUAUUCUGGGUGCUGGUGAGUGUUAUCCUAGGUGCAAUAGCCAUGCUCUGCAAAGAACAAGGGAUUACGAUACUGGGUUUGAAUGCAGUGUUUGAUGCACUGGUAAUUAACAAGCUAAAUAUUUUGGAGGUUAUUCAAAAGUUACUACAUAAGGACAAGUCAUUGGAG